UUUCUAACUAUGUCUCCCUCUACAUUCUUCCUUGUGUUUCCCAUCUUCUUCUUCUUAAUCAAAUCAAACGCCGCAUAUGAAGAUGUUGCACUAUUAUUUGAAAAUAACCACUGCCACCCUCCCUCACCCUGCAAGAAAGGAGUGGAGAUUAAAUAUCCUUUCUGGAGGCUGGACGACAGUUCAUCAACCGUGUGUGGCUAUCCUGGUUUCGGCAUCGAUUGCUCAAACCCAGAUCCUGACUUCCCCCUUCUUUACCUUUCUGAUGAUUCUUUUCUCGUCAAGGAAAUCAAUUAUGAUGAGUUUUCAGUUACUCUUGCGGACGCUGAUGCAUACAAAAAAGAGUGUCCCAGGGCACGCCACAACUUUACUCUCACCCAAAAAUCUCCGUUGCUUUACGACCAUAAAGAUUUGAAUCUCACUUUCUACUUCAACUGCACCAAAAAUCCUCUUCCUGCUGCUGCUGGAGGUGCCGCCUAUCCUAUCGACUGCUUAAAUAAGUCAGACCGAAAGGCGUCCUACUUGUAUGUGGGAGCUUUGAAUCCGUACAAUUGGGAUUGGUGGGGAAUUUGUGAGGCCAAAGUGGAGACGACGGUGAUGGAAACAGAGGUAGUUGUAAAUGAUAUUGGAUGGUUAGCUAAGAACAUCGGCGGAGCUAUGAAUAGUGGGUUCAUGCUUCACUGGCAGCCGUUGGGCGAUUGCGGCCAUUGUGAGAUCCCCGACGGGUGGUGCGAGCAGGACAAUCAUUCUUUCGGCAAGUUUUUGUGCUUUUGCGAAAACGGAAACGUCAUCCGUGAUUGCCCUUCUAAAGGCAAAAGUGUGGGAAUGAAGAUUGGCAUUGGCAUAGGUGGAGCUGCGCUAUGUUUUGUGGCAUUUUGCACAAUUCUGUAUGCAUAUUGUCGACGACAAAAAGGCUAUUCUUCUGGGAACGAACUUGACUUGCAAGGCUCAUUCAACCACAGGGGCUGUAAUGGAGGAAUAUUUAAACAAGCAUCUCAAAAAAGAAAAGAAUAUGGGAAUCUUGAGGUGUUUAUGGAGCAAUAUGGAUCUUUAGCACCUACGGUUUAUAGUUUUUCAGAUAUCAAGAAAAUGACUAAUUCAUUCAAACACAAACUUGGCCAAGGAGGCUAUGGAGAAGUGUAUAAAGGCAAUCUUCAUAACGGUAUUCAUGUUGCAGUUAAGGUCUUAAACUCAACCAAAGGGAAUGGGGAAGAAUUCAUCAACGAGGUGGCCAGCAUUAGUCGCACCUCCCACGUUAAUGUUGUCAAUCUUCUAGGAUUUUGUUGCCAUGGUACUAAAAGAGCUCUGGUUUAUGAAUUUAUGGUUAAUGGAUCCCUCGAAAAGUAUAUUCAUGAAAAUAGCAUUCAUUUGGGAUGGGACAAGCUGUAUGAAAUUGCUCUUGGCAUAGCUAAAGGGCUUGAAUACCUGCACAAAGGUUGCAAUACUAGAAUUGUGCAUUUUGACAUAAAACCACACAACAUUCUUCUUGAUCAAGACUUUUGUCCCAAGAUAUCUGAUUUUGGAUUGGCAAAACUCUGUGAUAAUAAGGAGAGCACCAUAUCUAUGUUUGGAGCUAGAGGAACUAUUGGCUAUAUUGCUCCAGAAGUGGUUAGCCGGAAUUUUGGAACCGUAUCACACAAGUCAGAUGUGUAUAGCUACGGAAUGAUGGUUUUAGAAAUGGUUGGUGGAAGAAAGAAUGUUAAUGAUAAGGUGAGUCAUAGUUCUGAGAUAUACUUUCCCCAUUGGGCAUAUCAAAGGCUUUUGCUAAAUGAGGAUUUAAAGCUUCAAGGGCUUAGAACGGAAGAUGAAGAAGUAAUUGCAAAGAAGAUGAUACUGAUAGGAUUUUGGUGCAUUCAAACAGAUCCAUCACACAGACCAUCAAUGAACAAAGUUAUUGAGAUGUUAGUGGCUAGCUUGGAAAAGCUUGAAAUGCCACCAAAACCUUUCUUGUAUUCAUCUUCACACUCAGGGGAUAUUUCUACAGCAAUAUCACCUAUAGUGCCAUUACAUUCUUUUUUAAGUUCGUCAUGCACCAUUAGCAUGAACAUUGAUUGAUAAAAUUAAGCAUAAUAUAUAUACCAUAGUUGAUAUGAGUUUCCAUAACAUUUUACAGACCUAUAUAUAAUGAUCAAUUUGAAUGUGUGUACAUUUAA